AUAUAAGGGGGCCGGCAGGCAAUAGAGAAGUCUCUUUGGGAUUGGGUUGGUUGCUUUGUUCCCUUUGAUGGGCCUAUCUUCAUCUUCUUCUUUCCUCUUCCUCCAUUUCCACACCUUCUCCACACUUCACUUCUCUAACUAAACAAUCUUCAACUUUCUCUCUCUACUCUCAUCCCUUCUCAAACCAUGUCAUCUCACGCGCUGUUUCAAACAGCGCAAAUUAUCCCUAUCAACUCACAUAUCUCCGCCAAAACCUUAACACCAAAAAAACCACUUCCUAAACUACCCUUACUUCGCAACCGUCGCCGCCAGUUAAUUCUCCGAGCGUCGUUCGCUUCCCCCGCCGACAUCAACAGUGAUACUUCAUCCGCUUCUUCGCUUUUUGAACGAUGUUUGGCUGCGCCGUCUGCUCCUUCUGCUUCGCGUGAUUUUAAUCCGGUUAUGAAAGGUAAAUACGGUGCGUUUGGUGCUGUUACGCUUGAGAAAUCCAAAGUUGAAUUUUCGCAACAGCAAACUAAAAUGUCUUCUCCUGAGCUAGCCACUGGGGGAGGUGGUGGAGAUAUUGGAAAGAUAAUCAGCUUUGGUGGUGGUGAUGGAGGUGAUGAUGAUGGGGAUGACGACGACUACUUUGAUGAUUUUGAUGAUGGUGAAGAGGGAGAUGAGGGUGGCUUGUUUAGAAGACGCAUACUUCUUCAAGAGCUAUUUGACCGUAAAUUUGUGGAUGCUGUGUUGAGUGAAUGGCAAAGGACUAUCAUGGAUUUGCCUGCUGGAUUCCGUCAAGCUUAUGAAAUGGGCUUGGUUAGCUCAGCCCAAAUGGUGAAAUUCUUAGCAAUGAAUGCCAGGCCAACCGCCGAAAGGCUUAUUUCCAGAAAACUACCGCAAGGACUAUCAAGAUCUUUCAUUGGCAGGAUGCUCGCAGAUCCUGCUUUCAUGUAUAGAUUUCUAUUAGAGGAAGUUGCUACAAUAGGCUGCUCUGUGUGGUGGGAGUUUAAAAAUCGGAAAGAUAGGAUAAAGCAAGAGUGGGAUCUUGCACUUAUCAAUGUGCUCACCGCAGCAGCAUGCAAUGCUGUAGUUGUUUGGUCCCUUGCUCCUUCUCGAUCAUAUGGAAACACAUUUCAAUUUGAUUUACAAAAUACAUUGCAGAAGCUUCCAAACAACAUAUUUGAAAUGAGCUAUCCUCUUAGGGAAUUCGACCUGCAAAAGAGAGUUCAAUGCUUUUUGUUCAAGGCUGCUGAGUUGUGCAUGGUUGGUUUAGGCGCGGGUGCAGUACAGGGUGCAUUGUCAAACACUUUGGCUAAGAAAAAGGAAGGAAGAUUAUCUGUGACUGUCCCAAGUGUGAGCAGUAAUGCACUUGGCUAUGGUGCUUUUCUUGGAAUCUAUGCUAACCUGAGAUAUCAACUGCUAUGUGGAUUUGAUAGAGGAUUGGUUCGUCAUUUUGAUGUUAUUGGAGUCGCAUUGUUCUUCAGCACAGCAUUUAGGGUAUUGAACGUUCAAUUAGGAGAGACUUCCAAGCGUGCCUGGCUUGGAGUUGAGGCAGAUCCAUUGGCUCAGUCAGAUGAGCUCUUGAAAGUAUACAAUAGGACUUCUGAAAAUGUAGAAACGCCAUCGUCAUCAUCAUCUGAUUCAAAAUGGUUUAUAUCAAAGAAUGCAGUCGUGUCUGGUCUUGGGCUCUUGGGCAUUAAACAAGGGAAUGCAGACGUGUCUGGUGCAGAGCCCUCAGUUCCCAAACCUCGUCGGAAAAGGAUUGUGCGGAAAAAGGUUGCUGCAGGAUCAGCCUAGAUUGAUUUUUCGGAUGCAAACAUAGUCAUUGUCAAAUUUUGCUGAUUACUGGAGUUUGAUACUGCUGUAUUGCAGCCCUAUGUGGUGUCUGGCUGCUGCUCUGGGAGAGGUUGAUUAGCGACCUAAGAUUUUUCGUCCCAUCAACUACAAUUUGAGGAGGGUUUUUUCAUUAUUGAAAUUUUUCAGGGAUUCUUGUAUCGGCCGUCCCCCCUUUUAUGUUUUCUUAUAUGAUCCUGUAUUAUAUAUUCAGUUUGAUAGUAUUUUUUCAAAUAAUGUAGAUCGAGCUUUUUCCUAACUGGAUUGAGAACUCACAUAUAUUUAUAAACAACCAUCAAGAAAAAUCAUUUUG